CUCUCCUCCCUCACUUUCUUUCACCUCACUAACUUCCUCUUCCUCUGCCCUGGUAUCUCCUCUCCUCUCCAUCUCCUCACUAUGUGGAUACCAGCUUUGCUCCUAUGGAUGCUUAAUUUCAGCAAUUUGGGCUCAGGACAAGACUAUUCGGACUAUUACCAAACUGGAGACAUGGGCACUGAGGCUCCAGAACUGUCAGACGACCAGCCCAGUUUGGAGUCAGUGACGACUGUGGAUCAGCUAUUACAGCUUCUCUACCCUGAAUACAGUUUGCUUCAGCAGUGCCUGACAAGGAAAUCGUGGCACGCCUCCUCUUCCCCAGCUUAUUCCUCAGCGAGCCCCUUAGCCCACUCUGCCGAUGAGGAUCUGUGGACGGGGGAGGCUGCGUUCAAAGUGGACGGGACUCUGGGAGUCAUCUUAGAAGAGAUCCGGCGGACCUCGUGCCAGCCCAGAGAGGUGUGUGUCGAGGUCGCCAAAGAAUACCCAGAAUCCACCAGCCAGUUCUUCCUCCCUCACUGCGUGGCGCUGCAUCGGUGCGGCGGGUGCUGCAACAACGAGGCCUUUUACUGCACCAACACGAGUCACGCGCUUGUCAACAAGACGUUGAUGGAACUUUCCCCGCCAAGGAUGGAUCGCUCCGUCGUCAUGGUGACCUUCGUCAACCACACUUCGUGCGAAUGCCUCUCCAAGCGUCCGCUCCACUCCAUCAUCAGACGAGCCGCCACAGAUAACCUGUGUUCCCCGCCCGACCUUCCCUGUGCCUCCGGGUCAUUAUGGGAUCCAGUGAACUGUGUGUGUGUCUCUACAGACGCCAUAAACUACUCUGCGAGAGAAACAGAGGCGCUGGACUCAGGUCUGUUGGCUCUCUGUGGGCCCAACAGGGUCCUGCACGAGUCCACAUGCGAGUGUGUUUGUCGAAAUGGACUCACCGAGGACAGCUGCGAUCCAGGAUGGAAACUGGACCACAACAUCUGUGAAUGUCAGUGUGAAGGUCAAGGUGAGGGGAAGUGGUGCCCCCCCGGCCAGCGGUGGGAUGAGGAGCUGUGCGGCUGUGUGUGUGCUGCAGAGUGUCCCGGGAAUCAACCCCUGAACCCCGACACCUGCCUGUGUCAGUGCAGAGAGAGUGCGAAGUCGUGUCUGCGGCAGGGCAAGAGGUUUAACCCCAACUCUUGCAGUUGUUACAGGUUGCCUUGCAGAAAGCCCAGACGUGUGUGCCAGACUGGUUUUUACUACAGCCACCAGGUCUGCCAGUGCAUCCCAAACUUCAUGAGGCCUGAGUGGAAUUAA